UGCAGCGGCAUGGUAAACAAAGUAUGAAAAAAACAAAACAAAUAUGACAUCACCACGGUGUAACUUCAAGUCAAAACAAAACAAACAAAUGGUGAAAUGAUAUUGCUGAGCAACAACUGUGGCCAAGACGUCUGCAGUGAUAAGAGCUUACGUAAUAAUGAAAUAUGGAGUGGAACACAUUAAAAGAAGGGCACAUUUAAAGUGUGUGUGUCAAUUAAUGACAUCUGUUCCUGAAAGUCUAGAGAACCUCAAAUAAAACUUCUUCAUUUAAAGACUGCAAGGUAAAUGUAUCAUAAGAAUGUCUUCAUUCAUUUUAAUGUCUUCCAUAAAUUUAAGCUUUCCCUUCUUUUCUUUUUUUUUUUUUUCAUAUAGAGAAAACAGAAAUCAUUUCGGUCACUGUCCAAGCACAUUUCUGGAAAUAAUCACGAUCCUUCUUUAACAGAGAAAACAACCCACAGAAAUCAAGGAAAGAACACACACAAAUAGAGUUUAUUCAAAGAAUAAAGAAUACAAUAAAAAGAAUACAGCACAGAAAUGAUAUCAUUUUCCAACCCCAGAUGUAAAAUAAUGGAGGAAGAUUUCAGAACAAACUGAAUUUGAAGUUGUUUAUUUUUACGGUGACUUCUGCAACUUUCACUUAAAAUGAUUAUGCAACCAACCCCAUACACACACUUAACCGAUUAAAAAAUAAGGCUGACAUUUCUAAGUGGAAAUGGCACACACAAAAAAAAAAAAAUAUAUAUAUAUAUAUAUAUAUAUUCUUAAGGUCAGUGUGAUCAUUUACAAACAUUCAUGUUUUGGAGAGACGACUUGUUUUCAUUUUAACACAUUUCUUUCAGCCUCGCACCUGUUGACCUCCAUCUGCCAGUAUUCUCUCGUCUGCAGCCUCAAUUAAAGUCACACUUAUUGCACUGCGUUUAACACUCUGGCUGACCACAAAGAGCAACUCUCACUGUGUGACAUGUCUUUACACCCAACAUGCCUCAGUACUGCAAUGCUUCACCAAAUUUCAUGGAAAAAGCUUGUCUCAGAUGCAGAUGAGGCUUCAGUGACGAUCACAUUUCUCCACCAUGAAAGGACAUGCUUUUUUUUUUCCUUUUUUUUUCAUUAGCGUGUGAAGAGACCAAUGGCUACAUUUGGACAAGUAAAACAAGUCAAGGACAGAGUUAAACAACUUUGUCAGUUGUAACUAAUGUGCGCAUUACAGGUUUUUGAUAAACAAGUUUGGUCUGCAAAAAUGUUUGGCUGGCGUCUCUCUGUCUUUGCUCACUCCAACUUUAUCUUCAUAUUUCUAACUUAUCAUGGAUUUUCAAUUUGAGACAUUGUACUCAUUUUGAAAAAAAAAAAAAAAAAUGCUUAGUAAGACCUAUCAAGACACACACACCCAACCACAGGUCGGUUAGGAGGGGUUCCUUGAUGCCAAGCUACUUGAGGAAAGUUCUUCUGAAUUUUAAAAUCUACCUGAGGACACAUUUUCCCUUCUCUAAGUGCAUCACAGAAGGGACUCCUGAUAAGAGAGGAGGCCUGAGGGUGAUGCACAUCUCAGACCAGUCGAACACCCCCACCCACCUUUUCCCUUACGGUGACAAAGAGACAGAACAGACGAGAGGGGUUUUCUCUCUUAGUCUCACUCUCACUUCCUCCCCUCUGGCGAAAAUACAGAUGUAAAGAUUGUGUGGGGAGAACGUGUGAACGAGCACACUGACAGAGCAAGCUGACUGCACUGUGUGUAUGAACCCGCUGACUAACCUAUGAUUCCUCCUGAAUUUCCAAAAUGUGUAAUAGUAAAGCAUAUGGAGUGAAUGACCAUCAUUUAAGUGUUAAGUGAUCAUUCUAUAGAAAUUUCCCUUUUGCAAAUUUCCCAACCUUCAAACCUUCUUGGCUUUUUUAUGUCCUAUAUCUGCUCUUUUUGGGUCAGGUGGAGGAAAACAUAAAACUUCAACCUUUUAAAGAAUAUGUACUGUUAAUAUUUUCAGUAUGCACAUAUCUGCCAAGUAUUCGACUAUCACUACUAUUAUUAUUGUUUUAGAUGCUUGCAAGGUGGGCUGUGACUAAAAAAGAUAAAGAAUUAGACGUUUCUUUUUGCCGGCUGCAAGAAGCAACAUGCGGAACACAGAAUCACAAACCUGAUAAAUGUUCUUUCUGUGAGUGGAGGGGUAAUGUCCAAUAAUGUUAUUGAUUUUUAGGAAAAGGAUUUUAAGAAGUAGCGCGUACAAAUUUGCGAGGUCGGCUCACAUCCAUCGUACACAAACUGGACACAAAUGGACAAAAGAAAUAGUCAAUGUACUGUAGUCAGCAUGUGCUGAUGUCAGCAACAAAUAUGAAAAACUGACUUGACGCACGUCGAAGGUGGAAAAUGAGACAGUGGUGUAUCCUGACAGUUUGACACGUGUUAAGACGUUGCUGCAGUGUGAGCUCGCAUGGAAAACAACAGGUCCAGGCGUAUCUGAAGCAACAUAACUGUGUUUACGUCCAGUAAACUUGUUACACAACAACCAAUCCCCAACCCUGGAACAUGUCUUGUUUUGCCCGUUGCUUUUAACUUAGAGUUUGUGCAAUUAACUUUAGAUUUGUUUUAUCAUUUUUAAUUAUGUCGCAGUAAUCAUUUUUUUCUUAUUUGUGGAGCUUGAUGAAUGUGGACUGAAAUAUUAACUGUAUAGACUUAACUUGCAUUACUGUGACACUGAAAGACAAAAUGCAUUUCUUUUCUGUUUUGGAAUCUAUUUAAAUUUUAAUGUCAUACUUUCAACAACCAUGUUCCCCUUUUUUGCAUGUUUCUUUUACAUAGAUGCAAAAGUAUUAGGAAGAGAGUAAGAUUAAAGUAUUUAUCACCAAACCUACUCACUACCCGAAGAAAAUAUCAAUCAUCAACCUGGACAUUCAUCAAGUUUCCACUCCAUCAUUGCAUGUCUCAGUGUAUCUGGCUGUUUUCUGUAGUCAAGUUUGAAAGCAAUAAACUUUAUGAGGGUCACCCACAUUUAUUGUGAAAUUUGUUUUAAGGACAGUGCUGCCUUGAUGACUCAUGUGACCAUAGUUUGAGGGUACAGGUGGGGAUGAGACACACAGACACAGAGAGAUGGGCCUUCUCUGGUUUAAAAUUUAAAGACAUUAUAUAGUAUUCCUAAAUAUGGCCACGAUUUCUAUACUGCUGUGGAGACUUCCUCUUUCACAGGCAUGUGUCUACUUCUGGUUCAACAUUAAUACUUUUAAAGAGGGUUUCCUGUUGUUGCAACAGGUUCCUAUGUGUUUAUGUGGGUGGCCAAGAUACAGUGAAUGCAUUCAGGUUGUCAAUACUACACCUACGAACAAUACCUAUGACACGGUAUGGCUGCGGCUAUAGCUCCACUGAUUCAAAAUGAAAAUGGGAAGUGCCGUCUUCCUGUAGUUUCCUGUCGGGUGCACUCAAACAACUUUACGUUCACACACUCAGCUAUAGGCCCCACGCACGCGCGGCUUGACGCGACUCUCGGAUCACGUAGUGGUGACUGCCAGUGGAAAAGAAAAUUUCAUUACUCACAUACACCAGUUUAUACAUGGUGGAGUGGUUUUCCUGUGUCCUCAGGGAUAAGUAUAAAAAGGUAAGCGACACAACUCUCUGCAUUUCCAGUAAAACUUUUGAAAAGCAUCUUUUGGUGAUCUGGUGCCUGCUGUUCAAACUGAGAAUAUGAAGCUGGUUGUUUUUUGCCUUUUUGCACUCAGCUGCUGCGCUCUGGCCAACAAGAGCAGCAAUAAACAAUUACUCCAGAGGAGAAAAUUCAACGAGAUCAUCAGACAGAUGGAGCCCGUGCAAGCAAGCCUGCAGCUAAACGGACAGAUGCUACAUACUCCACCAAAUAAUAUUACGGACUGCUGCUUUCUGUCAGCCCUGCGAUGCUUCCGGACUAGUCUGCAGAUGCAAUUUGACAUUGAAAAAAAUCACAAACUAUUUUCCAAGAGCCUUCGACAUCAUAUCACUGAGGAAGGUAUGAACUUCUGUGAUUCAGGGAAUAACUCCACCUGCCAAGAGUGUCACACACAUCCAAAGAAAAAUGUGACAGAGUUCUUCGACAGGCUGAAGACUCUGCUUCAAAGGGUAAGAGCAUUUCUUUCUUGGUUUCUGUUUUAUUGUCACAUAAGGAAAAGCUAGAUGAAAAUGUGGAGCAUCACACGUCAUUAAUGUUGUAAAGAUGGAAAUAUGAAACAUGAAACAUGACUGAAGUGAGAAUUCAAUAUACAUUUUUC